AUGUCUUUCCUUCAUGGUGUUCUUGAGAGUGUGAAGGAUGAUGAAGUUGUGAAAACUUACAAUAAUUACAUUAAAUCAUCAAAUAAUAAUGAUGAUUUACAUAAUGUCCUUCAACAUCUCCAAUCUUCAAUUGGCCAGGGACGCAGUGUCUUUGGUGAGCAGGUUAAAGAGGUAAAUGACAAGACAAGCGACGUGAAGAAAAAAUUAGGUGAGUUGAUUACUAAAUUAUCAUCUGGUGCAGGUGGACAAUACUAUCAUCAUAUUUCAGGUCAGCAAGGUCGGCCGCUUCAAGACCAACUGUACGAGUGGACCAAGACGCUGGGAGACAUUACAGGAGACCUUCACAACUUAGAAACACAGAACAUUAAUAUGUUAGACAGCACAUUAGCAUCACAAAUAGCGCACAAAAUAGAGCCGAUUAAAAAGGCGGUUGAGGUGCUGCUAGAGGCGGCGAAUGACGUCGACUUCAAAGAACACGCAAAAAAUUUUGAUAGCUUGCUAGAUGAACAAAACAAACAUGUGACCUAUGCGGUUGAUAAAAAGAGUGAGAAGUUACAUAAUGCAGUGGAAGCGGAAUUUCGAAAAAUCUGGAAGGAAAUUAAAGGUAUAAAUGACACCCAUAUCAAGCAUAUAAGAGCUAUGCGGGGAUCUUUGGAAGCUAGUAGAAAAUUUUUGGAUACGGAGUUUGACUGGCAAUAUAGCUAUAAAGUUUUGGGUAAAUUUGAAGACGUAAAAAAAGAAGUUGAAACUGCACAUAAGGCCUUGCUAAUGAAAAAAGGAGAGUUAGACGGUUGGCUGCGGAAGGCCUCGAACGCUUUCAAGGUGAUCAAAAAUGGAGUCAAAGAAGACACAACUAGCCGAAGUAGUAUAGAGACACAUUGGAAAAGCAUUAAAGAUUCGAUUCCGAGAAUUGUUGGGGAGAUUUACAGGGAAGGAGAUGCCGGUCAAAAACAAGGCUAUCUUGGUAUACUUUUCACAAAUAUCGGUAAGUAUGCUGCGACGUUCAAGGAGGCGGCGGACUCUGGGUUUUGUAAAAUAGUGGAGGGAUGGACUUUACAGAUUCUGAGGGAAAAUAAGGCAGUAAAGGAAAAGUUAGAAACCUAUGCGGCUGCAGUUCAAUCUCAGGAGUAUACACAGGUGAGGGGGGAUGAACUAAAUUCACGGUUUGACAGGGAUAUCGCGGAUGUUUUUAAGACAAAGCUGUUAGGAGAAAUUGGUAAGUCUGGUCAAUUGGUGCAAGCCCAGAUACAACUUGUCAAUUCUAGAGACGCGGAUAAGAUUGACGGAUGUGUCAAGGCUGUUCAGGCGGGUUGUAAUAUGUUUGCCGAUUCGAUUGAAGCGACGAUUAAGGAGAAGGGUCAGACAGCAAAUGCAAUGUAUACGGGCAUUUAUGCAUUCGCUGGGGAAAUAGCCCGGGCUGUUGAGGAAAAGAUAAAGGCUGGAGGAAAGCGUUCAGGUAGUGUUCCGCGUGACAACGAAUCGUUGCUUACAAACAUCACUCAACCUAUUCUCCCCGCGCUAAUUGGUAUGGCCAGAGGUGCGGCUGCUGAACUGCAGAGAUUCAACAGAGAGUCUAGCCUCGACAAAGUGGAGACUGCUAUAGAGAGGGUUACGGCUCUCGGCAAAACUUUCGGAGGUGCCGCUGUGGCGAUUUCUGAAAGACUGGAGGACGUGAAGCCAAGAAUCCAGGAGCUUGGUGAAAUAAUACAAGAAACGACAGGCACCCUUGUCAAGGACGUCAAUGCGCUACAGACAGAAGUUCUUGAUAAACUUAAAAACCUCAAGAAAGAAAAGGACAAUAUCGAUGAUGGAACCAUUAACGUAAGGAAAGAUGCGGCAGGUGAGCUUAUGGAACAGUUAAAGGGUCGAAUAGUUGGUAUCCUUACAGGUUUCGAAGUUAAUGUCACUUAUGCCGAAAAAGAGUUGUCGGUGACAAUUGAUACACUGGCCGACUCAGUGCAUCGUGCAGAGAGAGAAGUUAAAACAUCCAUCAAAACUUUAAAAGACGCUCUCCUCGAAGAAGUCAGAAAAGCCUUCACAAACGUAAGGAACGAUAUACAUGUACUAUUUGCCAACGGCCACAUUGCAGAUCUAAAUGCCCUAAAAACUCUCGUCGAAGCCCAGUCCACCGCUAUCCAAACAAUAAUAGAAACCGAUAAAGCAAACGGCCUCAAAGGUAUGCUAUCUAAAUUGAAAGAGAACUGUAUUCCUAAAAUUGAAAAAAUUAAGCCACCCGGUAAGGAGGACCCUACGCUUCAAUACGCCGCUGUCAAAUUUGACGAAGGCCUGCGUGACUUUUUCAAGGCAUUAGAAAAACAAAAUGAAGUAAAAGAUCACAAAGAUAAUGUCUCGAAAGUCACUAAAUCUCUUUAUGAUUUUCUUUACCAUAUCCAACGUGAAAAACACUUCCACCACGCCGUCUCCACGGCGCGCCAGGCCUUCGAGGCUUCGCUUCAAGCAUUCAAAGCCGACACGUUCCCCGACGCCCCCAAAAGCGUGCUUAAGCCCCUGAAGCAGGGCCUUGAGAAAUUCGCGGAGGAGCUACGCAAGCAGUACGUCAGCAGGUACUCGGGGAUGGCGGAGAGCUUUGAGUGGACUAAGAAUGUAGAUGAUACUCCAACUCAAAAACAAGAGCCCACGGAGGACGCCAAAAAAUGCGCCAAGGUUUUUAUGACCUGCGUGCAAAUGUUGUUGGAUCACCUCAGUGAGCUGUGGAGCAACUGUGGCAGAAAAGACAUCUGGCAAAACAAGACAAUCUCUUUGACCGAAACCGGGACGCAUGGAAAUAUUAUCACCAACCCCCUCGGAAGCUUUUUCCAGCGCUGCGGUUACCGCGUUUCCUCUGCUCCGAACAAGCACACCGGCGAGUUGCGGAAUACCGCAGCCUGCAGGGGCGGGGAUAUUAACGGCAAGUUGAAUGAGCAAAUUAAUAGCAAAGAUUAUCUAAUUAGAGACGAAGACUUGAAGAAAGAAAAGCCCUUAAACAAGGAUGAGGAGACAGAUGACAAGAAGUCUCCAAAGCAACAUGGCAUCCUCAAGCAGCUGUUCGACCACCUCCAUCAAUAUUACACCGUUUGCCACUACUCCACAUUACAGUCCAAGACAUAUCCAUCCUCUGUCUGCGACAUGCUCAAAUGGCUCUGUGGCCUCACUCACAAUCCCGUGUAUGCCGAUUUGUCAGUCAACGGCUAUGAUAAGCUGUUAGAGCAAUAUCAGGAGAAAGAUGAGGAGAACGACGACGCUGAUGAAGGUCCCACAGUUGCCGUCCUCAAUGACCUGUCGUUGGAAGCCUAUCCACAUCCAAUAGCAGUGUCAAAUCUAUCAGAUGCCCUUCAGGACGUCUGCCAUUAUUCCUACGACGUCCUCACUGGUGUCCUUGGCUUCGGCCAUGAUGACGGCGUGUACGCGUGUGACUACAACAUCAACCAGGGAGGCCUGUCAUAUCCGACGAACAUGGACACUUUACUGUGCAUGAUAUGCGAUGUCAUCAACCGCGUGUACCGUCAGCUCCACUUCUUGUUCCAGCAGUGUAGGUACGAUAGUACGCUCAGCGGCUGGGCGGACUGCUGGUAUGGUAAUGGAGUCGGGGGGUCAGCAUGGAAGUGUAACUCCAUGCAGUGCCCUGGUCAAGGGGGUGACCAAAGUGCUACCCAAAAGCACAACCAAAAGUGUAACCAAAAGUGUGAGCAACGUGUUAUGUGCGGUGUGAAAUCGCCACUUCAAUCAUUCCUGGAAGAUGGGUUGCAGGGCUUUUUGCCUCACAGCCUCAAGUCUGAGAGGGGAAAACUUGAGUGUUCACUUAAAAGCCAUGCCGGUGUGCCGUGCAUAACGCCAAUGGGCUUUGCAGGAAUUGCCGGAUUAGCGUCACACAGGCGAACAGGACAAUUCCUCAUGGAAGUCCUUGGCGACUUCUGCGGCAAUCAAAAGUCUCCGCUCACUAAGAUAUGCAGCCUGUUCAACUGCGUUCUCCCCAGUCCGCCGAAAUCGCUGAGUGAUAUGUUCGGCUUUUACUACAGUUUGCUUUGUGGGUGGGAUAAGAACGGCAAGGACAAAAAUCGUGUGCAGCACAGGGAGACGGCGUUUACCAAAGCGGUCAGCGGCGCCGAUUUUGAGAAUCCUGAUACCACACUGGACAUCACUGAUAUGUUCAAGAGCAGUGAUCAUGGUAUCCCUAAGCCCGCCGAUCAGACUAGUAGUCAUCUCACCGGUGAUCUGUAUGCUCUUGUCAACUGCACCCGUGACAAAUCGCACACUCCAUCGCAUCCCUGUGGCCCGUAUCUCAGGCCUUUGUGCAGUGACAUAUGUACUAUGUUCUCAGAAAAGCACGCCGCCAAGUACGUCUCGUGGAUUGUCUUCUUGACUGAGUCUUUCUACGACCUGCUUAAGAAGCUGUUGGAGGACUGCGAGAAGACGUGCGGCGCUGAAGCUACGAGAUGCAAAAUUAGAAAAUGCAGUAAGGAGUGCAAGACAAAGGAGUUGCCGCUUGGCAACGAUACAAAACAUGAAGAUAAAUGUAAAUCAAUUGUGCAAUGCAACUAUAUCCGUCCAACGUUUUACAAAUAUGGAUUCAUACACGAGAGCGUCAGCAGCCUCAGUGGUGUAGCAGGAGUAGAAAGCAAGAGGACCUGCGCAGAUUUCUGCGCAAUUUUGAAGAUAGUGACAGCGGAAAAGAAAGCACUGCAUGACAUCGUGUUCGGCAAAAUUACAGCAUAUUUGUUUGAAAUACGCUCCAAUUUCAUCUACACCCUGAUCGCCCUCUGGUCGCUGUCGCUCCUCUACCUGCUGCACAUCGCCGUCGUCCGCCUCGACGUCCUGAGGAUACGCUCCCACCUGCGCUCGCCCUCAAGCCACCGCAUCGCCGCGCAAUCGCUACUCGCCGCCGCACGCGUCAAGGCACUCGCCAACGUUAAGCAUGGGAAUGGUGAUGAUGGUCUUAAGAACUUGGCUGAAGCUUUGAAAAAGUUGAUUGGUGAUGCUAUUAAUAGUGCCAAUACUAGCCUUACUGAACGUCAAAAUCACCUUAAUUGUCUCGGACAUCACUCCUUUGAUAACUCUCCUAAGUCCCACUGUCAGUCUCUUGACGAGCAAAUUGACUUGCUUAAAAAUUCUGAUAAAUCCACUGAUAACUCACAAAAUGACUCUAAAAUUGCCGACCUUAAAUCCCAAUUAAAAGAUCAUAUUGCCAAGUAUCAUUCCCUUUCUGAGUCUGACAGGACUGCCCAGCUUAAGGACAUCCACUCCAGGAUGGUGUCUCUUGCUGAGCUCAGUGGACAACUUGGGAAGUUUAUUGGCCCUGAGAAGGCUGUUACUAAAGCAAUUAAUGAUGGCAUUAACAUCAUUAUUAACAGUGAUAAUGACUUCAAAAGCCUUAAAAAUCCUUCGUCUUCGACUGGGCAGCCUUCCGCUCCCGUGUCUGCUGAGCCUAUAAAGUCUGUUGAGCUUGAUGAGAAAAUUCAGCUUGUUAAAGAUAAAAUUGCGUCACUUGAAAAACUUAAAAGCGCCCAAAAUCCUCCCCUCUCCUCUGAAGAUUCUCGCCUUUUAUCCUCCUAUCAGUCCAAGUUGCAGUCUCUUCAGAGGCUGAGUAAGCUUAAUGAGUCUUUUAAAUCUCUUAAUAAUAAACAUGAUGAUGCUUGUAAAAACAUUUUAACAAAUUUGUGCUCUGGCUUGGAGAAGUUCCUUGGUUACCAAGAAACUUCCAAAGGCUACUCGGGUUCCGGCAUCGUGUACUCGGACCUUGACAGGCUCUGCGACGGGGUGAUGGCGUUUUUGCACGGGGUGCUUAGUGGAGUGAAAGGUGAUGAUAACGUUACAACGUAUGAUAAAAAUAAUGUUCCUAAUAUUAAUAAUGUUCUUCGUGAAUUAAAUGAUACUGUAGGUAAAGGCCGUGAGGCCUUCGGGAACGCCGUGUCUCAGGUGGAGGAGAGGACUGGAGAAGUGAAGAACAAAUUAGGUGCAAUUGAAUCAUGGAGAAAUCAUGAGUACGACGCUGCCUCAGAAUUGCUGGGCGACUGGCAUCAAGCUGUCCAGAAGCUUCCGACUAUUCCAGCAUCUUCACUUAAAUCACUUAGCGCCUUAGAUGGCAACCUGAGAAAUAAAUUAGAUCAACACAUCAAUAUAAUUCGUACUAAUGUUAAUACAUUUGUGCAUUCCACUAAACUUGACCACGCUGACUUGGUGGCGGUGGCUACUAAGGUUGAUGGCGAGCUAUAUAGGUUGGACAUGAGGCUUACUGCGGAAGUCCAUACACGAGUUGACCAACUUAAAACUACAGUGACUGCGGGUAUUAAUAAGCUGGACGAAGAGGUUAAAGCUGUUUUGCAAAAGAAGGUUUCGGCCCUGCAGGGGGCUGUUGAGAAGUUAGAUGUGAUAAGGAGAAGCAUUUACCUGCAUGUCGACAAUGUUGGCGAAAGGUUCGUAAAAGAGAGCCUUACCCUUGGUCAGGAUACUGUGCCUGGAAUGAGGGAUAAAGCGGAGGGAAUUCAUGCUGCGGUAGAGAAUGGUAUAACAAAAAGUAUUACUGAGCUCCCCUUACAGAUUCAAAGUGCGCUCACGCAGCUUACUGAUGAAAUAGCUCAUAAGGAUGAGACUGGAUCACUAGAUCAGAUUGUAGAGGGGGUAGCGGAGUAUGCCACUGGUUUCCCAAGUAAGUUCCAGCAAGCUGUUGAUAAGAUUGUUCAGGGGAUGGUAGAAAGUGAAGGUGUUAAGGGUUAUAUUAGAGAGAUUGUUAGAGUCAUUAAGGGGAAUUUUGGUGAGCAGAGCAUUAGCGCAGUUAUCGAAACAAUGAAAACCAAAAUCCCGGAGCAGAUUAAGAAUCUUUCUAAGGAACCGAUCAAUCCCAGAGGCGAGGUUGUGCAAGAUUUGGCAAACAUUGCUGAUUACCUCAAAAAAUUCGACGAUUCAUCAUUACAGGCUGUCACUACCAUUAUAGUAGACAGUGUGGAUGCUGAGUUAGAAAAAGGAAUCUUUAAAGUUAAGAUAACAUCAAAGGACACUGCGAAGUAUUAUCUCCAAUGGUCUAUACAGACCAUUCUCAGAGCAGUGUCACAGGCGGCUACGGAGACUGGAAAUGAAAUCGAACAGUUUAUCUUAGCAUCCAAGGUUCAUCAAUUGGCAACGGCUAUAGAAGAAGUCAAAGAGCUUGGGAAUGGGAUGCAGGCUAAUGUUUCUUCAAUGAUAGUCCCUAUCCAAGAUAGCAUUCGGACUCAGGUUAUGACCCCCGCCAAUGACAUUAAGGCUAAGCUUACAACAAUUAUUGAGAAGGUUAAUGAGCAGAUUAGUGCGUUGAAGAAAAUCGUUGCAGAAGACGAAAAGGCGGCCGAAACAGACGCCAAAUCCUCCCAACCUACCACCCUCAAGGGCAUGGAGAAGAAAAUUGACGGUGCCGUCAACGACCUCAACCAACAGGUCACGUCCAUCCUCGAUAAACAAGUGGAGGAAUUACGAGACACUACUCUCAAAAACGCCGCUACAGAAUGCCAAUCCACCAUAACCAAGAAUGUCACCGCUGAAUCCGCUGCCGCGAAGCAGAGCAUUAAAAAAGAGGCUCUAAAGAAAUUCGCUGAAACGAAGGCAAAGGAAUUGGAGGCUUUGAAGGAAUUGGUUACGAACGAAAAGAAGAAAAUUACAAAUAUAAUAGACGCCGACACAAAACUCGGCCUUAAAGGGUAUCUCAAUAAAUUGAAAGAGAAAUUCAUGCCCUCCAUCAAUGGCUUUUUGCCACAAGUGCGUCCACCCCUAGGGCCACAAGCAAAGAAAAAGCUUGCCGACUUGGCGCCGAAGGUCAAAGAAGGCUUCGACAAAUUCUUCACGGAUUUGCAAGGACAGGGCGAUUUGACAAUUCUCUCCCUUCGCUUUGCAAAGUUAUCUGAAAAACUUAAUGCUUUACUUAGCCCGCUUACCCACUAUAACCAUGCCUUUACAAAUAAUUUAGCGACACUUGAAAAUGAAGUUGAUAGUUUAUGUCACUUGGUAUUAGCCAACAACGCACAGAAAGUCUCCCUGAGUCUCAGACAAGGACUCGACAAAUUCACCGAGGAGCUCACGAAGGCGUAUGUGAACGUGUACGAUAAUGGAACGCCGAUUAACUGGAGUAAUUUUGAUGCUAUCGAAAAAGAAAAAUUAUCUAAGGUUUUGCUCACCUUAAUGGAAACAGUGUUCCAUGACCUUAAUGAUUUGCGAAAGACGUUUGUUGAGAAAAAAGAGUGGCAUGAUAAGAAUAUUCGUUUGUAUAAGCAGACAAGUACGGAUGAAAAAAAGCCCCGAAACCCACUUGGCCAUUGGUUCAAGAUGCACGGCUUCACAGUGCCGGAAGAUGACAAGAAGCAGAAUGGUGAAUUGAGCCGGAAGAAGACAGGCUGGGACAUUUAUCGUCUAUUAUGCGGCUCAAUAUCAGACCAUAAAAAAGUCUUUGCGGUUAGCCCUAACACUGCCGAUUAUACCGGCACACUUAGGAAACUCAUCAGACACCUUCACAGUUACUAUCGUGUCCGCCACCACUACCUCCCUGACUCACCUAGGGCACCAACCAAUAUUAAACAGAUGCUCCAGUGGGUCAUUGGUCUCCCGUAUAAUCACAUGUAUGGUCCACUUUGCAAGUACUUCAAGCAAGUUAUACCUAAACCUAAAGAACAUAAAGACACGCCAGUUGAUCAGAUUCCCGACGAUGAACUGAACCUCCCUGCUACCACCGAAAUUAAAUAUGAUGACAUAAGACCCACCCUCGACGGCGUAUGCGCUCGCGCCAAAAGAACACUAAUUGGCAUCAUGGGCCACGGACAUCCAGAGGGCCGGUACGCCUGCGAGUUCAGCACUAACGCAGACGGUUUCUCAUAUCCCACUAAUAUGAACACGCUGAUAUGUAUGUUAUUUGAUAUGCUAAAACAUAUACACCAACAGCUUUAUUUCUUAUAUAAACAGUGUUACCAUACGACAAAGCUCAGCGGCUGGAAAGACUGUUGGUAUGGUAGAGACGUCGGCGGCUCUGGCUGGCUGUGCAAUACUUUGCAAUGCCCCAACCAAAAUGGUAACCAAAUAGGUGACCAAAUGCAUAAGCAAACAUGUAACCAAAAGUGUGAACAAAACCCUAAGUGCGGACUAAAAUCUCCAUUGCAAUCCUUUUUGGAAGAUGGACUGCAGGGCUUUUUGCCACACCAACUUAAAUCAGUUGGUUGUGGAGUAAAGUGUUCCCUUGGUAAUCACAGGGGAUUGCCGUGCAAAACCCCUAUGGGCUUCAAUGACAUUGCCACAACAGCGUCGCAUACGAAGAACGGAACACAUCUUCGCUACGCUUUAGAAAUUUUUUGUCAUCAAAAUCAUGACCUCCGUAAGAUCUGUGGUAUACUAAACUGCCUCGUCCGCCGCGCGCCUCAGACACUGGGCGAAAUGUUCGGGUUCUUCCAGGGCUACCUGACACACUGGAAGGGCGGUGGUAUAAAGCACAAAAAGCAAGCAUUUGAUGAGGCUGUCAAGGAAGCAUGUUUCGGGCAAGAACAUUCUGAGUUGGAUCCAACCACCUUGUUUGGUAGCAGUAAACACGACGUUUCCAAGAAUAAAACACAUCUCAAAGGUGACCUGUUCAGUAUAGUUAGUUGCCCGUAUAGCUUGGAAGAUACAUGCGGCGUCUUCAUCAGUUCAUUGAGCAUUAACAUUUAUGACGUAUAUUCAGCAGCGAAUAAGAGCAAUUACUUGUCGUGGAUAGUAUACAUCACUGAAACGUUUUAUGAUUUACUAAGAAUGUUAUAUGAAGAGUGCUGCAAUAAUUGUAAUAAAGCCGGCACCAGGUGUCACAAAAAAGUCUGUGCCAAGGACUGCAAGUUAGCGGAUGAGUCUCCGAAUUACAAAAAUAACAAUCACAAACAAGAAUGCAAACCCAUAACGCAAUGCCCUCUUACACUACCCACACUAACCAAAUAUGGAUUGGGUUUUUACAGCGCACAUAGACUAAGCGCUCACAAACUUAGCAGUAAUGAUCCGGAAGCGAGACACAAAAGAACGUGCAAAGAUUUUUGCGAUGCACUGAAAAAUAUUCUGAACAAUAAAGUAGCGGACGAAUAUGUGCUUGCCAAAUUGAUGGCCUUUCAUGACAACACUAUUAUCCCUCUGGUCGCUCUCGCUCCUCUACCUGCUGCACAUCACCGUCGUCCGCCUCGACGUCCUGAGGAUACGCUCCCACCUGCGCUCGCCCUCAAGCCACCGCAUCGCCGCACAGUCCCUCCUCGCCGCCGCACGCGUCAAGGCACUCGCCAACGUCAAGUACUUCUCACCAUAAUCGUGCCUUCACGUGUGAUCUGUGUAUCACCCACUCACCUACUCACUCAACCACCUACUCACUCAACCACCCACCCACUCAACCACUCACUCAACCACCCACUCACCCACUCACUCAACCACCCACUCACCCACUCACUCACCCACUCACUCAACCACCCACUCAACCACCCACUCACCCACUCACCCACUCACUCAACCACCCACUCAACCACUCAACCACCCACUCAACCACCCACUCACAUACUCACUCACUCACAUACUCACUCACUCACUCACUCACCCACUCACUCACCCACCCACUCACUCAACCACUCAACCACCCACUCACCCACCCACCCACUCACCCACUCACCCACUCACUCACUCACUCACUCCACUCAUACUCACUCACUCACUCACUCACACUCACUCACCCACUCAACCACCCACCCACUCAACCACUCACUCACCCACUCACCCACUCACUCACCCACUCACCCACUCACUCACUCACCCACUCACUCAACCACAUACUCACUCACUCACUCACCCACUCACCCACCUACUCCGUCGGCGUCCUCCACCCAAACCCUCUUUUUCCACCUUCCCCCUCCACCUCCAAAACCGCCUCUCCCCAACCCAUCUUCCUCCUUCAUCGCCCUCUCUCGCCCCUUCGCUUCCCUCACUCUGUCCACCCACCUCCCUCACCGGCUCGCUGCCUCCGUCACCUAA